AGGUGGAUAUGUCCAAGGUGAAACUGGAUGUAUUGAAGCCAUGGAUAACCCAGAAGAUCACAGAAAUCCUCAAGAUGGAAGAUGAUGUUGUCAUUGACUACGUGAACAACCAACUAGAGGAAAAGAGUGCCGCCGUUGCCGCCCGCUGCCGCCGCCAGCCGCCGCCGCGCGCGCCUUCUACACUGUUACGGAGGCCUUAGCAUUCUCAAUCGGUGCAAGGGAUUGAAGAGAGAAGUAUGAACAUGGUGAUGCACGUGCGUCGCUACGGCGGCAGCGGAGCUUGCGGCGUGCGUCUGCGCAGCGUUGCGUCGCCGUCGACUUGAGGACCCCUCCGUCUAGCAGCCUGCGCGGUUUCCUCACCCACACAUUUAAUACCAUAUAUUGAUAUUAUAAUGUUCGCUUCCCUGCCCGAGUCAUUUCUGUGUUGUUUAUUGUUUUUGUUUUUAAGAUUUCUCCCUACCAGGCGACGCUCUGAACGUCUCCCUGAGUUGUUUUGUUUAACUAUCUUCGGAUCGGCUUUGUACAAGUCUGAUUUAAGACCGGAUCAUGUAAUCGAUCAUUGUAGGGUGGAACAUGUAACUUGGAAAGUUAUUCUAGGGCAGUGGAAAUACACAUGUCACUAAUUAAGUAUUUUUCUCUUCCCUUUUCCGUUUCCUCGACUCCCAGUUCCCCUGUCCAAAGAAGAUGCAGAUCAACUUGACUGGAUUUCUUAAUGGGAAAAAUGCAAGACUCUUCAUGGGCGAGCUGUGGGAGCUUCUCCUGAGCGCCCAGGCCAGCGAGAACGGAAUUCCGGAGUCAUUCACGCAGCAGAAGAAGGAGGAAAUCAAGAAAAGAAUGGAAGAGCAACAGAAGGACAAGGAUAAAGACAAGGAUCGACGCAGGACUCGAUCGCGGUCGCGGCGGAGGUCGCGUGACCGACGGCGCUCCCGGUCUCGCUCGCGUGAUCGUUCAUCUGACAGGAAGCAUCGAAGUGGUGGCAGCCCACGCCGGUCGAGGAGGCGUAGCCGCGAUCGUAGCAGCCAGCCGAAGCCCCCGCAUGUUGAUGAAAUCAAGCUACCUGAACCUAAGGAAAAUGGGAAGUCUCCUGUCAAGAAGGAAGAAGAUGUUGAAAUGAAAGAGGAAGUCAACCACAACAACUCCACCGCAGAGUCCAUCCAAGAUGAGUCUUCCAAGGUUGACGAUUCGUUGGUAGAGAAUGAUGAAAAUAAAGAAGUGCAACCCAAAUCUAGAUCAGCUUCGCCCAAUAAGUCCAUAGUACCAGUGGUGGCGGUAGGUGACCAGCAAAAAGAAGAGGAGAAACCGGUGGAGAAACCGCGCAACUCAUCCAGCGAACGUCGCUCGUCGUCCGCUUCAUCUCAUGGGAGCGCUAAGAAGAGAUCUUCGCACAAGAAACGGCAGUAUCGCUCUAAUCGCGAUUCAUCCGCUAGUGUCAGCCCCCGACGCAGUACGCGGAGAGACAGGAGCAAGUCACGACGUCGGAGCAGCCGACCACGUCGGUCUGUAGAGCGUCGAGAACGGGAGCGCGAGAGGGAGAGAGAACGUGAACGUGAAAGGCGCCGUCGGGAGCGAGAGAGACGGGAGAGGUCGCGUGAACGUCGCCGAUCGCUUGAAAGACGUAGACGUUCGCGUUCACGCUCUCGACGACGUUCAAGAGACAGGUCUCGCGAUCGCCGCCGUUCUCGUUCGCGCAGGCGCUCGCGUUCUCGGCAUCGUUCCAGGCGCGGGUCGAGGGACCGCCGCUCUAGAGAGCAUCGCUCGAGGGACAGACGCUCUAGAGACAGAUCCAGGGACAAGAGAUCGAGGGACCGGUCUGGAAAGGAAGUACCAAGGUCGAGGGAUAGGAAAUCACGUGAUAGAAGGUCAAGCGAUCUGAUUAAAGAACGUUUGGAGAAGUCCGUCUCUAUACCACGUAAAGAAAAUCUCGACAAACUGCGCAAGAAGUCGCCAGAACGGAUACCCAUCCCACGAGAACGUUCCAAAGAACGGGUGGUUUCAAGUUCUAGCAGAGAGUCGUCCGUUGUUAAUGAAAAACCUGCACCUCAAAAUGAAGUUCAGACUACUAAAGUUCAAUCUUCAGACGAAGAAGAUAAAGAAGAUUUCAUUUCAGUUCCAGUGUUGCGUGAAUAUUCUAAGAGUUUGUCGCGUACUCCAUCACCUUUCUUAAGAAAACAUGAAAUAGAGAAUAACAAGAAAUCAGACCGAUCUGGAGACGACGCUUCUGGUAAAGAACAGAAUGAAGAAGAUGCUAAGGUUCCUGAGGUAAAGAAGGCAAAACGCAAAGGAAAGCAAUCUGAAUCCGAAAGUGAAAGUAGUGAAGAAGUUGCAAAAUCAAAGAGCAAAUCUAAACCUAAACGCAAAGAGAAGCCUACUUCAAAAAGAUCAAAGAAAUCUAAAAAAGAAAGUUCGUCUAGCGACAGUGAUUCUGAAGAUUCUUCUUCAAGUGAUUCUGAAGAUCGGAAAAAGAAAAGCAAAAAGAAUGCUAAGAAAAAACUAGCGAAGAAGUCUCGAAAGAAGAGAGCUAGAUCUUCAAGUUCUGAAUCUAGCUCAGAAGAGGAGGUCAAGCGUAAGAGCGCUAAAGCGAAAAAUAAAAGUUUGACAGAAGACUCAGAUACUGAAAAGAAAUCCAAAAAGCGGGCUAAAGAUGCUAAUUUAGAUCGUCCGAGACUAGAAAAAAAUGAGAGUAAACCAGUCAAAUCAAAGAAAGUUGAUAACUCUGAAGAUUCGCACGAAGAUAGUUCUGAUAGUGACGAGAAGUCAAGUAAAAAGAAAGCAAAGCAUGAUUCGACUUCUUCGGAAAAGGAAGUUCGGCGUAAGAAGGCUGACUCUAUUAAGGAUAAGAUUGCAUCACCCGAAGCUUCUAAAACGCGCAAGGCAGAGGAGAAAUCCUCUAAAGCAAAACACGUAGAUGAGUCAAAAAUAAAGACUCGCGAAGAGGGUGAGAAGAAAGCUAAGAAAAGAGAAAAAGAGGAAUCAUCUUCCGAUAGUGACCAGGUAACAAAGAAAAAGCCUAGAAAGAAAGUUUCCGAUUCAGAAUCGGAAUCAGACAGUGACGAACCUAAAAAGUCUAAAAAGGCAAAGAAGCAUAAGAAACAUUCAAAGAAGCAUAAGAAACAUAAAAAACAUAAGAAAGCGUCUAAGCGCAAAGAUGAUUCCUCAGACAGUGAUGAGGCUGAGGAAGAAGAAGAAGAGGAGGGGAAAGUUAACAACGAGGACUUAGAAAAGAAACUCCGAGAAAGAGCUUUAAAGUCUAUGAAAAAGCAGACUAGCGUGUCUGGCUCUGAUUAAUCGUUGUUCACAUUUGUGUUUACUUUAUCAAAAUGUAUCACUGAAUACUGAAAACAAUUUUAAGUGUAAGUUUUACGGUGGCCUCUCAAGAAUGCCAUGAUAGAAUUCUACCAAUGCUGGAUAUAAUGACAAGAAUUAGUAAAACAACAUUUUUGGGUUUAUCAAUUUUUCAAAUACUUUUCAGUAUUCGGUAUAUGCUAUCGUGCAAUUUUAUAAUGUUACAUUGAAGAGGCAUUCAACUGAUCUUGACUUUCAUAACACAUUUAUUUUAAUAAACAUUAAGUAGAAAUUGCUUUGAUGUAAAACAUUUAAAUUUCACUCUAUGCAACUACAAUUUGAAUAAAGUAGGAAGUAUAAGAUGACAAUUGUCUUUGUUAGUAAUAAAAUUUCCUAAACACAUAA